UUUAACGAAAACACCAUACACAUAGCAGUCAACUCGUUAACCAAAUAAAAUUCGGUCAGUCUCGCUACAAAUUGUUAAGGGUAAGUAAGAACAGAGCCCUACAGCGGGAGAGUGUUGUUCUAAAUUAAGUUGAGUCCAUUGGAGCGUCCAGUUAGAAACGAUGGCCAGCUGCGAUGUGCAGUCUACUCCCUCCCAGGAGGAGUUAAAGCAAAAAGAAACAAUCAAGAAUGUUAAAAAUUCGGAGGAACGUGAUCAAGCCAAAGUCAGUUCCCAAGAUGAAAUGACUGCGGCUGUGGCUUUGGCUGCAGCGGUGGCCAUUGAUACGGAUCUGUCGCCCACGUCGGAGGGUGAAGUGCGAUCUGUCAGCUCUGCCACAAAAAUGACCAAAAUUCCGGGUCCGGUUUUGCCGGGACCCAGCGGAAGUUUUAUCCAGACUACUCGACGCCACUACAGCAGCGUGCUGCGCCUUGCCAAGAGCCAUACCUCGGUGGAAAGUGCAAAAGAUCUAGAACACCAUCAGGAUCACAGCACUAGUGGCGGCCAGAACACCACUGAUGAUUCCGGCAUAAACAUGGAGUUUUCAAUGAUUGACAUCGAGCCGUCGUGCUCUGGUGAAACGGGUCCCAUACUGCAGACGAUUUUAGAAGCGAUUCCGACCACCACCAGUGAACUGGAACUGGAGCGGGCCGAGCAGCAAACUCUUAAGGAACUUCAACGUGUGGUCGCCGAAAUGGAGGCUGAAGUGGCCCUGGACGAUCAGGACGAUAUGCAGCAAUCGCACUCGGAUGGGGAACCAAUCUUCGAGGUACUUCCAGAUGUGGAGCCGCCAGUCGAAGAGGUCCACCAGGAGGUUUUCAAGAACACAUUGGGAUAUGCGGAGCUCAAGUCGCUGCACGAGCCGGAUCCUGGAACAGCCGAGGAGUCAUUGAAGGAAUCAUGGAAGUUAGAGGAGUUCAAGCCAAAGCAGGACUUGUUUGAGCUGUUGGGCUCUGAGACUUCCAGCGAGAAACCAACGACCUCUGGAGGAGGAGCAGUUUCAAAAUCCUUUAUGGAGGAGCAGUUACAAAAGUCGGUGGAGGAGUCGAUUGUGGAUCCCUGCCUGGAGCGGGCAAAACAGCUACUGGCUGAACUGCAAGUAGCUAUGCGGGCAGCACCCGAAACCGAUGAAGAGAAGUUCAGACGUGAAAAUCUGGAAAAUUUUGAUCCUGCAAGCCCAGCGGGAUUCCUGGGCCAGAAGUUUCCGCACCAGGUACAGGCAGAUGCAACAGGAGUGGCGACAACGGCAUCGACAGAGAUCGCGGAUGAGGACCUCUCCGCGACCUCGGAGGUGGCCUUGGUGGGGCGCCCGUCGCAGGUCAGCCAUAUGGAUGGAUCAGUGGGCAGUGACCGCCGGAUGGUGCGUCUGGAGGAGCUGCUCGAUGCCGAACGGAAUGUGGAGCUGCUGCGUCAGUUACUCCAGGGUGGAACCGAUGUGGAUGAUGCGGCAUCCGAUAUGGUUACCGACACGGAGGCGGACAGUGAAGAGACGGAUUCUAAAGCAGAGGAAGAGGAUGACGACGAGGACGAAAACGAAAAUGAAAUUAUAAACGACAACGGGGACGAGGAGGCAUCUGAAGACAGGGAAGAGGCAAUGCUGCAGGCUUCAUCCGAAUCUGGAAAGCCGUCGAGCUUCCUCUUCACCAUGGUGCAGCGUCUCGCAGGGAAUAAAAUGGCCCAACUCAGCUAUCCCUUGCUAUUUUGUGGCCUGGCUUUCAGUUUAAUCUAUCUCUCGCGCAAGGUUUAGACCACCAUCGGAAAAGAAAACGGACGAAAGCGCGACCUGCCAUUCUUCAGUUCCGAACUUAAAACGCACCAAUCGAGCACUUCAAAAUCGUACGAACCCAUUGGCAUUGAGUUGCUCUAAAUUAGAUCUAUUUUUUAAAUAAAAAUCCAAAUAAAAAAAAAUAUCUUUUAAA